CGUCUAUUCACUUUUUAUAGUGUACACUGAAGAGUGAAACAAGAACGGGGAGGAGUACCGUGCAGUGUAGCCAUGGCUACUGCUACGUGUUAAGUGCGCAGGCGCGACGCGGACACCUAUGGUAUUUUUUACGUUAGGUCGUCAUCUAGCGCCAUCAUUUAACGCGAGCAGCGGUGCUGGGCGGAGCUCUUGUACUGUACAGUGUGUAUUGGAGGCUGCGGGAUCUUCUGACUGACAUGAGUGUGAUCGAUCAUGUACGGGACAUGGCGGCGGCCGGGCUGCACUCCAAUGUGCGCCUCCUCAGCAGCCUCCUGCUCACCAUGAGCAACAACAACCCGGAAAUGUUUUCCCCAUCUCAAAAGUACCAACUUUUAGUAUACCAUGCAGACUCGCUCUUUCAUGACAAAGAGUACAGAAAUGCUGUCAGCAAGUACACUAUGGCCCUACAGCAGAAGAAAGCUUUAACGAAGACAUCUAAAGUAAGACCGUCGACUGGAAAUGCUGCUACAAUGCCACAGAAUCAGAGUCUUCCCUCUGAAAUUGAAGUAAAGUAUAAAAUGGCUGAAUGUUACACCAUGCUUAAACAAGAUAAAGAUGCUGUCGCCAUAUUAGAUGGAAUCCCUUCCCGACAAAGAACCCCUAAGAUCAAUAUGAUGCUAGCCAAUUUGUACAAAAAGGCUGGGCAGGAACGAUCUGCUGUGACAAGUUACAAGGAGGUGUUGAGACAGUGUCCUUUAGCAUUGGAUGCCAUUCUAGGUUUGCUGUCUCUUUCGGUGAAAGGUGCAGAAGUAGCUUCCAUGACACUAAAUGUUAUUCAGAGCAUACCUAAUCUGGACUGGCUCUCUGCCUGGAUCAAAGCGUAUGCAUUUGUACAUACAGGGGACAACACAAGAGCCAUUAAUACGAUCUGUUCUUUAGAAAAGAAAUCUUUGUUGAGAGACAAUGUGGACCUACUGGGAAGUUUGGCAGACCUAUAUUUUAGGGUGGGUGAUAAUAAAAACGCCAUUCUGAAGUUUGAGCAGGCCCAGAUGUUGGACCCCUAUUUGAUUAAAGGGAUGGAUAUAUACGGAUACUUGCUAGCUCGAGAAGGGCGACUGGAGGAUGUAGAAAAUCUUGGCUGUCGAUUAUUCAACAUAUCUGACCAACAUGCUGAGCCUUGGGUGGUGUCAGGGUGCCACAGCUUUUAUACAAAGAGACACUCCAGAGCUCUGUAUUUGGGAGCCAAAGCAAUCCAACUGAACAGUAACAGUGUUCAGGCAUUGUUAUUGAAGGGGGCAGCUUUAAGAAAUAUGGGUAGAGUGCAAGAGGCAAUCAUUCACUUUCGGGAGGCUAUCCGCCUAGCUCCCUGUCGGUUGGACUGCUGUGAAGGGCUCAUUGAAUGUUAUCUGGCAUCUAAUAGUGUCCGGGAAGCUAUGGUCAUGGCCAAUAAUGUUUACAAAACUCUUGGAGCCAAUGCGCAGACACUAACUCUUCUGGCAACAGUCUGCUUAGAAGAUCCAGUAACUCAGGAAAAGGCUAAAUCUCUUCUAGACAAAGCACUUUUUCAAAGGCCGGAUUACAUAAAGGCUGUCGUAAAGAAAGCUGAGCUACUGAGCCGGGAACAGAAGUAUGAAGAAGGCAUAGCACUACUACGAAGCACUCUUGCAAAUCAAAGUGACUGUGUCCUGCAUCGUAUGCUGGGUGAUUUCCUUGUUGCUGUGAAUGAAUUUCAGGAAGCUAUGGAUCAGUAUAGUAUUGCUCUAAGUUUGGAUCCAAAUGAUCAGAAGUCACUUGAGGGAAUGCAGAAAAUGGAGAAGGAAGAGAGCCCAACAGAUGCUACUCAGGAAGAAGAUGUGGAUGACAUGGAGGGAAGUGGAGAAGAAGGAGACUUAGAAGGAAGUGACAGUGAAGCAGCUCAAUGGGCAGAUCAAGAGCAGUGGUUCGGGAUGCAGUGAGGUGGUACGUGAAUGCAAUGUAUCCUAGUUCUUAAGGCCUAUAAUCCAUGUCCCAAUGAGAUAUUGGAGCAGCCAUAUGGAUCCAGACUUCAGAACCUCUUGUGAUGAAGAAUUACGAAAUACCCUUUUAUUUUCUGAAUGGACAUAUUUUCUGUAAUAUGUAUGGCAGCAGUUUUUAUUUCAUUUUGUGGGGUAAAGAAUGCAGAUGCAAGAGCAAUUCGAGUGACCUAUAGUUUAUAGCAAAAUUUGAGAAGAUCUUUGGGAAUAGCAUACCUCUGCAUUUUGGCAUGUCUACGUAAGGUGAACCCCCCCCCCCCCCCUAGGAUUUUUGUCAUAUUAUGGUCACUGCAUCAGCCAUCACCACAAGCAGUCAUGAAGGGAACAGGUGGCUGGCACGGUGGACUGGACUUAAAGUGUACCUGUUGCUUUUUAAAAAUCUCUUGUCCUGGAGACUUGUCAAAAGCUUUGAUCGGUCAGAUCCAAAUUGUCAGCUAGAUAUAGUCAGAAGAAAAGCAAACCUGACAGACAGUCCCAUUGACCUAAAUGAAUGGUAAAUUUCUCUCUUAGCGUGCUGUUCUCCCAGCUAGUUUUAGCGAUCUAUUGCCAUUUGUAGACUCCGACUUGAUUGAUCAAAAGUUUUACAUGUCUUUACAGCAUGACAAAAGAAGACAGUGGCCAUUUAAACACUGACAUAAGCAAUUCCAUGAUGUGUAUAUAGCAGCCUUGGGUGCAUUGUAGCUUUUAGAUAUUGAAGAGUCCUCCUUUAUAAGGCAAGCACCCAACCAAGUACAUGGGAUUUGUGUAAUGGGAUAAGUAUUUGGUAUUGUGUGUCUAGUUUCCUUUUCUCCAUUUUUUUUAAUUCUCUGUGUUUGUGUAUAUGUGUGGCAAAUGGAUAUAUUUGUUUGCUUUGUAGACCUAAUAUAUUUUGAUAAGAAAUACAUGUUUAUAAGUAUUAUUGGGCUUAAACAGAACUGAAAAGAACAAGGGUUGAGUGAUUGUAUACAAUGUAUACUAAUUUGUUGUACACCAGAGAGUUGCUUUUUCUAUUAAAUAAAAGACAACC